GUCGCCAAAUUAACAGUUACCUGCGUUCGUUUGCUUGUGUCCGGCCAAUACCCCGGGGUGUAUGGGCCUCCAGUUGUGAGUGGUGGGCAAUCCUUUGGCUCGGCCGGAGCACGACGCGUACAGCCUUCAGUAGCAGGUUCGGCAGUCACUGCUAUCUCGACUAGUGGUGGUAGUGGCAACGGAGGCAUUCCUGCUCAGUCAUCUGGCCCAAGAUCUCAAUUAGCUACAGAAGCCCAGCAGCUGGAUUCACCUGGAGCAUCUGCCGUUGGACUGAAAUGGGUUUACUACUUACGAGGAGCCGAUCCAGCUCAGACGGAGAUCAUGAUCAAUCGUGUUGGAGGCAGCCCAUCGGGGAUCAGCUAG